AUGGCCAUGCAAAAGAUCAGCCAAGGGGACCAGGAAUCUCCAAAUUACACCACGUCCAACAUUUCACAAAGACAACAGCCCAAGCAGACCCAAAGCUAUUCAAAUCCAGCAACGAGGGGCUGGUUGGGGAAGGGGAGAUCUCUGGGCUUUAAAGCUUUUCCCCGCCGGGCGUCUCCUCCAGACGGCCCCAUCCGCCGUGGCCGAGAAGGUCGUGGGAUGUCUAGCGGCAGAAUAAAUGAGAGGCAUCACAGCUGCAAGCACGGCGACGGAGAAACCAGAGGCAAAAUGGCUUCAAGCGCCCUCCUUGGGUUCCUAGCCUUCACCCUUCCUCUAGGCCUGCACGAGACAAAAAGGAACUCUCUGGCAGUCCAGUUUAGCGCCCCAGGAAACUUUGUGAUUGGUGGAAUGUUUGCGUUCCACUCCGAGGUGAAAUACUCACCCCACGGAGGGGAGCCAAGGAUGCCGACAUGCGAAAGCUUCUACAUUCUGGGCUACCAGAGACAUCUAGCCAUGAGAUUCGCCAUCGCCGAAAUCAACAACUCCACAACUCUGUUGCCGGGGGUCACGCUCGGCUACGAAAUCCACGACACCUGCAACAACGUGCUCGUGGCCACCAAGCCGGCCAUCUCCUUCCUGUCCGAGACCGCCGGCGGCAACGGCGUCAAAGCCCAGUGCAAUUACACCAGCUACAAGCCACGGGUGGUGGCCGUCGUGGGUCCCGCCGAUUCCGACGUGACGGUGGUGGUUGCCCAGAUCUUGAAUUUCCUUUCCAUCCCCGAGGUACGGAUGAUCAGCUUCGCCAGCUCCAGCGCCAACCUGAGCGACCGCCAAAUCUACCCGUCCUUUUUCCGAACCGUCCCCAGCGACAAAACCCAAGCCCAAGCCAUGGUCCAUCUCCUGAUCAAAUUCGGAUGGAACUGGGUAGCCGCCUUGGCCACCGACGACAAAUACGGGCGUCAGGCUCUGGAGGUUUUCAUCCAGCUCGCCCUCACCAAGGAUAUGUGCGUGGCGUACGAGGCCAUCCUUCCGAGCCGUUUGGACGACAAGGCACGCCGGAACGAUCUGAACACGAUUGUCAGACAGCUGAAAAAGUCGCUGAUCAAUGCCACGGUCGUCUUUGCCCAGCCGAGAAAGGCCGAAGAGCUGCUGAACGUGGUGAUAGAACAAGGCGUCCGGGGCAAGGUGUGGAUCGCGAGCGAAUGCUGGGCAACUUCACCCACCACCGCGCUCAUCCGGAACCUGGGCCAGAUCGGCACCAUCCUCGGGAUGGCGGUGAAAGGCGGAGGCAUGCCCGGCUUCCCGGAAUAUGUCCGGCGGAUUCUGGCGGACCCUGGGCCAAAUCUGAACAGUGCCAUGACCGACACAGAAAACGAGCCGUGUCCGGAGUGUAGGAACCUGACCAUCGCCGACUUUGCCACGACCCUCGCUUACCCCAGGUUCCGCACGGCGUUCAACACCUACAAAGCCGUCUACGCUAUCGCCCACGCGCUCCACAGCCUGCUCCGGUGCAACGUGACGAACCGGACGUGCGAUACGAACCGAGACGUCUAUCCUUGGCAGCUGGUGACAGAGGUCAGCCGCGUGAAUUUCACCAUCGGCGACCAGCAGGUCUUUUUCAGCAAGUGGGGAGAUGCGCCGACGGGUUACGACCUGGUUCUCUGGGAAUGGGCACCCCACAGCGGCCAUGAGUUUGUUUCCAUCGGGAGCUACAACGCCAGGCGGGACACCCUCAGCGUCAACGAGUCAAAGAUCCGCUGGAGAACGGAAGACGGCAAUCUGAGCACCCAGGUCUAUUCUACGCUUCAUUUCCAACUGGUCAAGGGGGAAAGGAUGGGAUUUGUGGUCCGACAACCGCUGGGGGACCAAGGCCCAAACGACUGCAAGCCAUGCCCGAAGCAUCAGUGGUCUCUCCCGCUGAGUACCACCUGCCAGGACAGAGUCGUCGAGUACCUAGAGGUGUCCGAUCUCCUCGCCGUCAUCAUGGUGGCCUUGACCAUACUGGCCUUGACACAGAUGGCCAUCGUCACUGGCAUCCUGGCCAAGCACCGCCACACCCCGGCCAUGCGCUACAUCGGCGGCACCCCCACCCUCCUCAUCACCCUCUCCUCGGCCUCGCUCUGCACCAGCUUCUUCUUCUUCGUCAUCAAGCCCACCCUGGACAUCUGCCAGCUCCGCCAGCCCUUCUUCUUCCUCAGCUUCACCGUCACCUUGGCCACGGUGCUCGCCAAGGUGAUCCAGAGCUCCGGAUUGGACCGGGCCUUGCCGAGGCCCUGGCUGAGGAACAACCUGACGGCCCUCUCCGUCCUUCUCAACACGGCCGUUCAAGGUCUCCUCUGCCUCUUGUGGUUCCUCUGGAACCCUCCUUCCUUGGAGGAGAACACGGAACUGGCAAGGACCAUCCUGUUGCAAUGUCAGGACAGCCAGUUCCCCGGCUUCGGCCUGCUCCUCGCCUACGACAUUUUGAUCACCGCCGUCUGCUGCGUCUGUGCUUAUACCGGACCCGACUCGAAAAAGGAGAACAAGGCCACCAAGUCCAUCAGCUUCGCCAUGGUUCUAGUCCUCAUCAUCUGGACACUGUUCGUACCCACCUACUCCACCUCCCAAGGGAAGUUUGUGGCCCUCUUCCAAGUCUUUGCAGGCCUGGCCAGCAUCUUCGCCACUUUUGGGUUCUUCUACUAUCCGGUGUGCUAUAUCAUGCUCUUUGCGCCCCACAUGAAUACGGACACCCACUUCAGCAGCCUGCCACAGAAGCCUUCCGCGGAACCCAAGCCAGACACUGCAGAGCCCAGGUCCUAA